AUGAUCUGGCAGGUGAUGGAGCAUGCGCGCACAUACGAUGCCACAGCCAAGGAAAAGGGCAUCAUGUUUCUCCCUGCUGUCGGCUUUGACGUUAUUCCGGGAGACUGCCUGGCAGGGUACCUAAAGGGCAAGCUCCCCUCAGCAACGGAGCUUCACCUUGCCACUUUCUUUUCCACCACUGCUCCUGGCGAGGACCCUCUGUCCACCCCACCCAACGGCCUACCAUCUCACGGCACGCUGAUCUCGGGCGCCAAGCACAUUCUGCCCAUGGGAGGGCUGGUGCGCAGGAAUGGCGCGAUUGUGAAGGAGGCUAUUGCGAAAUAUGGUCGCUCCUUCCUCAUUCGCAAGGAGCUGCCCCCUCUCUCCACCAUGUCGUUCCCGGCAGCUGAGCUCUUCAGCACCUCCCUCUCCACCCCCAUCCCCAAUAUCACCGUCUACGUGCCAGGUAAAUCCUCCUGGGUGACGUCACUGUUCAUCCGCAUCAUUCAGUUUGCCGCCCGGGUCUGGCCCUUCACCAUCCUCCUCGAGAAAGCCAUCCGAAUGCUGCCCACACCUGAUACCACCCCGGGUCACAGGGUAAACACGGGCAUGGCGUGUGCAGGGGAGGUGGUAGACACGGGCAGCAACAAGAGGCACAGGGCCUCUGUGAUCGUGGGCGAAGGGUACCACUUCACGGCGAGCUGCAGUGUGGAAGUGGCACGGAGGGUGUUGCAAGGGGAGUUCAAGCCCGGUUACCAGACACCGGCCACAGCAUAUGGGGCGAGCCUUGUGCAGGAGAUUCCAGGGGAGAGGGUGGAGAUAGUGGAUUUGGACAAGGGAGGGCAGCUGGGAGUUUCCUUACACCAGUCGCUGCUCUGA